AUUAUUGCUACUAUGACUACUUUUUUUACUUCUUCAAACACUACUACUCAAAUUGCAGAAAACAAAAUUAUAGAAUUACAAGAAAAAUUAAAUGAACAAAAAAAAUUAAAUGAGCAAUCUUCAUUGAUUAAUAGUAAUAUUGUACCUUUGGUUUUGCGGCCUACACAAGAUAAUAUAGAAGGAUUUUUUAUUUCAAAAAUUUCACUUGCAAAAGUUUUUAAACUUAAUAACAAGACUAUUUGUGAAGUUAAAAAGACUUUUGGUUUACUUUUUGAUAAUUAUAAUAUACCAAAAAAUUAUACUAUAUCUAAAAUUAAUCCUGUGAUGAUAAAAAAAUGGCUUGCAAUUUUACAUUCUCAAUAUAAGGAAUAUUUUGAAGACAAUAUAUGGGUAUAUGAAGAAAUUAUAAAACAAGUUAUGCAAGAUUAUAACAAAGUCAAUAUGGAUAUGAAUAUUGAGGAUGAUUAUAGUAAUACUCGAGAAAAUUAUGAAAAUACUAGUCAUAUUUUAAAUAAUGAUGAGAUCAAUGUUAUUAAUACAGAUACUGAUGAUAAUAAUAGUGAUAGUAACAAUCAAGAAAAUUAUGAAGAAAUUAGACAUAUUUUAAAUAAUGAUACUAGAUUAGAUGAUAUGAUUACAAGUAGUAAUAAUGAAAACUUAUUACCAUCAUAUGAUGAAUUUUUUAUUAAAAGAACCAA